UUCAACAUUUUCAAAGGCUGCCCANCAAUUAUCCUACGAGGUGGUGCUGAACAAUUCAUGGAGGAAACUGAACGUUCUUUACAUGAUGCCAUCAUGGUUGUACGUCGUGCUGUGAAGAAUGAUGCUUUCGUUGCCGGUGGUGGAGCCACUGAAAUGGCUUUAAGCGGUUAUCUUCGGGAAGCUGCUCGCAAUAUUCGCGGCCGGGAACAAUUGUUGAUCACCGCAAUGGCCCGCGCUUUCGAGGUCAUUCCUCGUCAGCUUUGUGAUAAUGCAGGUUUGGACGCUACGAAGGAUGGUAAUGAAAAUGGAUCAUUCUUCGGCGUCGACAUUGAACACGAGUGUGUUGCGGACAACUUCAAAAAUAACGUUUGGGAACCGGCUCUUGUCAAAAGUAAUGCUAUUACGUCAGCCACAGAGGCUGCUUGCUUAAUUUUGAGCGUGGAUGAAACAAUUAAGAAUCCAGAAUCCAAGAAUCCAGUGGAUCAAGGCCCUAUGCCACCCCAAGGCGUACGCGCCUGA